AUAGUGAUAAGAGUCCGGGAAAAUUCGCAGUUCGGCGGCUCAUUGCUUAUGACUCUCUCUUUCGUGGCUGUAAUUUUUUAAUUUCUUCAUUUUUCCAGUUUUCAUCUUAAUCUAUGCGUUACAGUUUUGCCUUCCUAGUGCCCUUCAUUUGUCUAAGUAUGGUCGCACUAGAUCAAGGUCAUCAGUAAUACCUCGUGAGACAAUCUCUGAUUCUGAGUCAUUUUUAGUUUAGUGCCGUGUUGGUGUUCGUGUAGUGAAGACUCUCGGGCUAGUUCAUGUGUUAACAGUGACCUAAACAGUUGGAAUUUGUCUGUGCUAGUGCCACCAUGGCAGAUUCUCCCAAAGAGGAGGUAUCUCAGAUUGUCCCCAAGAAAACCAAUGCCAGGACAAGUAUCAUUCAUCUCAUUACCAGCUUCUUCAGAAAGCUAGGAACAGCUGGAGCCAUCUAUUUGUUAGGAUACUUCGAGCUUAGUAUUGCUUGGUUAGCUGCCCCUGUAAUUUUAUCUGUGUUGCGCGAUGAGUGGAAGAAAGAAAGUGAGGCGAAAAGAAUAAACGCUCAGAUUGCAGCAACUUCAAACGAGAAAGAUCUAGUCUUAGCAAAAUUAGAUGACCUUCCUGCCUGGGUGUUUUUCCCGGACGUCGAGCGUGCGGAAUGGCUCAAUGUGAUCCUGAAGCAGAUGUGGCCGAACAUCAACCAUUAUAUGUACAACUUAAUCAAGGAUACCAUAGAACCGAGCAUCCGGGAGAACUUGGUUCAGUACAAACUCAAAAACUUCCAAUUCGGAAAGAUCAGACUCGGAGCUAUCCCUCCACGCAUUGGUGGCAUCAAAGUCUAUGAAAAACACGUUGCAAGGGAUGAAAUCAUCAUGGACAUGGAAAUUUCUUAUGCAGGCGAUUGUGAUAUAUCUUUCACUGUAAGCGGUGUGUCUGGUGGCAUCAAGGAUUUCCAGAUCCAUGGGAUGAUGCGGGUUAUAAUGAAACCUCUAAUACCCACGAUACCACUUGUGGGUGGUGUGCAAAUGUUUUUUUUGAACAACCCUACUCUUGAUUUUAAUCUAGUUGGUGCUCUUGACAUGUUGGAUGCUCCUGGGCUGAGCGAUAUGUUACAUCGAAUCGUAGUAGAACAAAUUGGUGCUAUGAUGGUUUUACCAAACAAAUUGCCAAUUAUUCUCAGUACUACUGUACCUAGUCAGACGCUCAAGACACCGCAGCCGGAAGGUGUUCUAAGGAUUCACGUUGUUGAAGGUAAACAUUUGAUGGCAAAAGACAUGAAAAUGGUUGGUAAAAAUACGUCAGACCCUUACGUAAUCCUUACCCUAGGGGCCCAAACUUACCGUACGCCCACAAUUGACUCUACUCUUGAUCCCAAAUGGGAUUACUGGUGUGAGAUGGUUGUUUACUCAUCACGGGGUCAAGAAUUAGCACUCCAACUUUACGAUGAAGACAAGCUAAAGAAAAAAGAUUCUAGCCUCGGAAAAGCUACAGUGGACAUACACAAUGUCGUUAAAAAAGGUGGCGUUGAUUCAUGGGUCACCUUGGAAGAGGCUACUCAUGGUAUGGUUCAUCUUCGACUUUCUUGGUUGACAAUUACAAAGGACACUAAGUUGUUAGCAACGGCUUUAGCUGAAACUCAAUUGCUGCGCGUCACAUCAAUGAGCAGUGCUCUUUUGACUGUUUAUGUUGAUUCUGCCAAGAACCUGCCGAAUGCUCGAACUCAGAGUAAACCAGAUCCAUACGUUUCCUUGAACGUUGGAAAUAAAGUUGUGAAAACGAAUGUUCAGUACAGAACAGACUGCCCAGUUUUUGAGCAAGGAUUCACGCUCUUAGUUGGCAACCCUGAAACGGAUUCCUUGCGUGUUAAGAUCUUUGACCAAAAAACUGAGGGAGAAAUUGGUCGGUUAGAUUUCACUCUAGAACAACUACUGGAAAAGAAGGAUUUAGAGAUCUCGUCUGAGCCUUUCACCCUCCAGAAGGCAGGCAGUGACAGUAAAAUAAUUUUAUCAAUGCAGUUACGAAUUCUGAAGACAUCUGAAAUGGCCCCACAACCUGCUAUCACGAGAACAGCCAGUCAGAUGUCCCGAAAUAGGAGCAUAGGCUCAAGAACCUCUAGUAGCAGCUCAAUGUCGGUAAUUUUACCUGGUGGUGGUGGUGGAAACGCUGGUGGCGGUGAUACGGUAAAAUCUACCGUGCCUGAAGAAACAGAGGACAAAAUUGAUUCUGCAAAUGGUGAGCUAAAGCCAGUAACAGAAAAUAUGACAAUUGGAACUCCUCCUUAUGCCGUAAAAUCUGCUCCUUAUGAGUUACACCAACGAUCUCCAAGUGUAACAGGGAGCAUGGGACCAUCAAAAUUAGGCCGAAUUUACAUAACAUUGCGGUACAGUGUGCAGCGCCAACGGUUAAUUGUAGUAAUCCACAAAAUUGCGAAUCUUCCCAAAAAAGAUCCUAGCAAUAUACCAGAUCCUUACGUAAAGUUGUACCUUUUACCUGAAAGAUCGAAGGAAACAAAGAGAAAAACAGAGACAAUUAAAGAUGACUGCAACCCUAUUUAUGAGGAGUCAUUUGAGUAUACUGUAAGUCAAGGAGUUUUGAGCUCCAAGCAGCUAGAAGUUACUGUCGUCAACCAGCAUAAUUGGUACUCAGCCGGAAGUCCUGUAAUAGGGCAGGUAAUAAUUGAUCUUGACCAAGUGGAUCCCAAUGGUGAAGAUUUGACUGACUGGUUUGAUUUGCAACAUGAAUCGACUUCUAAAGAUUGAUCCAAAAUUUCAACAGAAACAAAAAAAUUUCAGUUGAGGUUGAAGCUUCUGUGUGCUUUAAAGCAUUUGGUGUUUUUUGUGCUGAUAUUCCAGUGAUUUUAUUAAUUUAAGAGUUGUUUUUGUUUUUAUUUGUUUGUUUCAUAUCUGUAAUUUAACUACAUAUUUCACUUUGGUGUAAUCCAAUAGGCAUGUCUACUUGCGGGCAAUUCAUUCAAGAGCACUAUUUGUUCACCUUCUUUUAUCCUUAAAUCUGAUUUCUCUGCCCUAUGCUUUUUGUAUACUUAAAUCCAAGAACAAUGCUCAUUGUUUUCGACAGUAGAUUUUGGUGAGUAUGUCACUAAAAAGGAUUGAAAUCGUUUGGCAUCAUAAAUCACAAUUGAAUCGAAUUUUACCUGGAUUUAGAUCGAAUAUGAGGGAUAAAAUACCGUAAAGAAUUGCGAAUAGUUCAUCCGUUUGUAUUCAUUCAUUACUUUUUUUUACCUUCGAAAAUGUUUGUAUACUGUCAAUUGUUUUUGGUAUUUGCAUUUAUGAAACUCUUAUUUGACUAAAUUUCUAAGGUUUCAUCGAAACUUGUAUGGAUUGAAUUUUUGUGUAUGACAACUUCAAAUGUAUGAACUCUUCAUUUACUUUCAUUCUCAAUCAUUUUAUUAAAUGUAAGACUAAAUGGUAUGUAACCAUUUGAUAAAGCCAAACUAUUAGAUAGCAAGCAAGAAUACAUUUUGAAUUUAUUAAUUUCUUAGGUAUUUAAUUUUUAAUUUUUUCACAUUGUCUUGAAUAAACUGUGCUAUUAACUUUAAAGUAACUCCUUUGGAAUUAUGAAGUUUAAACCAAAAUUAAGAGAUGAAAGAAUUCAUCCCAUGUACUUACUCGUCAAAAUCCAACUUGUCCUCCCCAAGUACUACCAUAUAUCCAUCCUGGAAUAUUAAGAUAAUUAUAUUGAUGGUGAAACUACCAACCUUGGAUCUCAAUUUUUGUGUCUGAAAAAAGUUCUGCUCACAUUUAAUGUUUUCAAGAAAACAUCGCUCAAUAUUAUCGCACAAAAUUUUUAGAGAGUAUUAUACUUGAAAGAUCAAAUCAAAAUCAAACUAGUUGUACGCAAAAAUGAUGACCAAACCUUCUUAAGAAAAAGAUACCUUCACAGAGACAGAGAUUUACAUUGUUACAAAGCAAGAUACCUACUUGGUUUGGUAGUUUUCUUGUUGAUAUGUAGGAGUAUUCAAUCAAAAGAAACUACAUCCAUUCUAAUCAAAACUCCAAGAUCUAUUGGGUUCAUGUCGCAAUGGAUAUAGUUCCUUUCGAUUUAAAUUUGUCCAUAUAACUCUUAAAGAUUGUUAUGCACCCAACCCUUUUAAUUCGGUGUGUUGCCUUGCUAAACCUUACCCCUGUGCGCUAAGAUUCUUAUCUUUAAUUUUUAGAUGUUAUUUUGAAAACAAACUUUACCAGAUAAUAUUGUUAUCACGGAUUCUUGUUCUUUCAUAAAAUAAUUAUUACUUAACUCCAUGCCGGCCUUAUGUAUCUGCGCAUUGAUUGGCGCUUCAAAUGCUACAGUUGGACUGUGUUUUCUGUGAUCUUGUUUGUAUUAAAGUUAACCAUAUUUACAUGUUAAUUA